GUUCUCGAAGACAUACUAAUAAAUCAAAAAAACAUAGUCAACAUACUCCUGAUGAAUUUUCUCUUGAGCAUAUUAAUGAGAAUCAUAGUGCUGCCUUCGAAAAAGCUCUUGCUGAAGAUCCUGAUAAGGGUUCAGCCGAACAUAUUGCUGCUAUGAAUGAUUUCAUGCCGAUCCAUCAAAAAGUUAAAAAGAAAAAACAAUAUAUUCCGAAAGGAUUUGAAGGUGUUUCCUAUCAUAUCGUUAGGUUUCCAUUGAUGUUGAUUAUUUUUAUGAUCAUUACAUUCGAACUUAUUUUAUACAUUUUGAUACGUCAAAUUGUAAAUAUUUGGGAGUAUUUCGUUCAAUGGCGUGGUGAAAAGUACUUAUUACGCGAAAAACUUCGUCGAUCUACAACCUAUAAUGAAUGGAUUACUGCAGCAAGAAAUCUUGAUUCGUAUUUGGGUUAUAAUGAUUGGAAAGAUGAAAUUCCAUUUGGAUAUUAUGAUUUUAAUCUUUUGCAAAAAGUUAAUCAAGACCUUAAGAAUUUAAAACAAGGUCCAAUUGAAAAUUUAUCAACGUUAAAAAGUGCUCUUCAACAUUGCGUAAAGAAUAACUUUGCAGGAGUGGAAAAUGUUAGGUUAUAUUCUCAGACUUAUUAUGGAACCAAAAAAAUUGUUGAAGAAUAUUAUGAUGAAGUGGGUGAUUCACUUGAUAUUUUACGGAUUACUAAAGAUUUGCCAUUUGAAGAAAAGCGCAAACUUUUUAGAAAUACUUAUAAAAACUAUGGCAGAACAGCUUUAUGUCUCAGUGGUGGUGCAUGCUUCGGUUACUACCAUCUUGGUGUCGUUAAAGCUUUAUUCGAUGCUGAUAUCUUGCCCACAAUUAUUACUGGUACCAGUGCUGGCGCGUUAAUUGCUGCCUUGGUUUGUGUGAGAACUGAUGAUGAAUUGUUUCAAGUCUUGAGACCAGAAUUAUGCCAACGUCUUACCGCUUGUUCUGAAAGAUUUCCUCAGUGGCUCAAGAGAUUGUGGUUAACGGGUGCUCGAUUUGAUGCUGGCGAUUGGUCUAGAAAAGUUCAAUGGAUUACAAGAGGAAGCUUAACAUUCAGAGAAGCUUAUGAACGAACUGGAAGGAUCUUAAAUAUUUCUGUUAUACCUUAUGACCCACAUUCUCCACCUAAAGUUUUGAACUAUAUUACUGCUCCUGAUUGCGUUAUCUGGUCUGCAGUGAUUGCAAGUGCUGCUGUUCCUGGCAUUCUUAACCCCGUGGUUCUUAUGCAAAAAUUGAAAAAUGGCUCAAUAACUCCUUACAACUAUGGUCAUAAAUGGAAAGAUGGUUCUUUACGUACUGAUAUUCCUAUUCAAUCGCUUUACAUGCACUUCAAUGUGAAAAAUACUAUUGUUUCUCAAGUCAAUCCCCACAUUCAUCUAUUCUUUUAUGCUCCACGUGGUUCAGUUGGUCGUCCUGUUAGUCAUCGUCAUGGUAGAGGAUGGCGUGGAGGUUUCGUUGUUGCAAGUAUAGAACAGUAUUUAAAGUUAGAUUUGAGUAAAUGGUUAAAAUGGGUUAGAGAUCUUGAGCUUCUACCAAAAUUUCUUGAUCAAGACUGGAGUUCAAUUUGGUUACAAAGAUUUGAAGGAAAUAUUACUAUAUGGCCAAAAUCAACUUUGUGGGAUUUCUUUUAUAUCCUUACAGAUCCAGGUUACAAUAGAUUAGAACAAAUGAUAAUUAAAGGACAACGUGUUACAUGGCCAAAAAUUCACAUGAUCUCUAAUCGAUUAAGAAUUGAACGUGCAAUACAAAGAGGUCGUGAGGAAUUGAAACGUGAAGAGCGAAGAAAUAGAUACAAUCGUUUUGGACCUAAUGAUGGACUCGGCCGAAUUAAUCGUGAUAGUUCAAGUUCUCCCGAAGCACUCGAUGCGCUUAGUCCUCUUAGUGGCAGUGGCAGUGAAGGUGGCCAAGAUGAAUCAGAUGAAAUGAAACAAGCUAAACAUGGUGAUUAUGGUGAAACUGAUAGCGAUACUAGCGGUAGUGUUGGUAGUAUUGGUGAAGCAAUAAGUUCUUAUGACAUAUCUUCAACUA